AUGCUGCUGCGGGUGCGCGCUGCCGUGGCGCAGCUGGCGGCGGGGCUGGGGGCGCAGCCCCCCGCAGAACCCCGGGGCGGCGGGGCCGGAGCCGGGGCCGGAGCCCGGGCCGGCCGGGGAUCGCCGCCGCCAGCCGCGUUCUGCCGGCCGGCCUUCCUGCAGCUCACCCCCGAGGAGCUGCGCCGCGCCGAUGACCACACGGGGCGGGCGGUGCAGAGCCCCCGCGACAGCCGCGGCCGCCUGCCCUGGAGCACGGGAUACGCAGAGGUGAUAAAUGCAGGGAAGAGCCAGCACAAUGAGGACCAGGCAUGCUGUGAGGUGGUGUUUGUGGAGCAGAGGCCCAGCCCAAGGGGCUGGCUGUCGUCCAGGGAAGGCAGCGGGGAGCUGGAUGGGGGCAGAAAAGGUUUUUAUUUCCACUACUGGGCCUUGUUUGAUGGCCAUGCAGGCAGUGGUGCUGCUGUCAUGGCAUCUGAGAGGCUCCACCUGCACAUCUGUGAGCAGCUCCGGGACCUGGUGGAGAUCCUGCAGGACCCCUCCCCACCUCCCAUCUGCCUCCCACACGACACAAAGACCAGUCCUGCAGAUCCAACCCAGGUGUCCUACACAGAGGACCAUGGGGAGGUCCCGAACGAUGCAGUGCCACGGUUUCACCUGGAGAAAGCAGUGUCCCAUGAGAGCCUGGUGAUCGGUGCCAUUGAGAACGCCUUUAAGCACAUGGACGACCAGAUCGAGCGGGAGCGGGCGUCCCAGCACCUCGCCGGGGGGUGCUGUGCCCUGGCUGCCAUCUACCUCAUGGGCAAGUUCUACGUGGCCAACGCUGGUGACAGCAGGGCCAUUAUCAUCCGUAAUGGGGAAAUCAUUCCAAUGUCCAGGGAGUUUACUCCAGAGACAGAGAGGCAGAGGCUGCAAUUUUUAGCAUUGCUAAGGCCCGAGCUGCUGGGGAAGGAGUUCACCCACCUGGAGUUCCCCCGCAGGAUCCAGCCCAAGGAGCUGGGGAAGAAGAUGCUCUACAGGGACCAGAACAUGAAUGGCUGGGCUUACAAAAAGAUAGAAGAGGAUGACCUGAAGUUUCCACUUAUCUUUGGGGAAGGCAAAAAGGCUCGGAUGAUGGCCACAAUUGGGGUCACGAGAGGCCUGGGAGACCAUGACCUCAAGGUGUUCAGCUCCAACAUCCACAUCAAGCCUUUCCUGUCCUGCUUCCCAGAGGUCAGGGUUUAUGACCUCACGCAGUAUGAGCACUGCCCUGACGAUGUCCUGGUGCUGGGCACCGACGGGCUCUGGGAUGUCACCAAUGACAAGGAGGUGGCUGCUGUGGUGAUGGAGGUGCUGACGAGCUAUGAGCCCAACGACCCGUGCAGGUACACCAUGGUGGCCCAGGAGCUGGUGGUGCGCUCACGGGGGGUACUGAAGGAGCGAGGCUGGCGGCUGGCCAACGACAAGCUGGGCUCUGGUGAUGACAUCUCUGUCUUCGUGAUCCCCCUGGGUGGCCCCGGCAACUACACGUGAUGCUGAAUGAGCCUGGGGCAGUGGGUCUCACCUUGCCUGGAUGGAGACGAGUGGGACACUGUCGCUGCCUCAGGGCCACCCCUCCUCUAGGCACUUGUUUUUUGAGCCAACUGCAAGAAGAGUAAGAAACCUGGACCCUCAGUCUGUGCCCCUGUCCAGAGCAUCCCCCUCCACCUGCUUGCAUCCCAGUCCCAGGUGGACACGGAGAGGCCUUGGAUAGAGAGUGAACACUGGGGUUGAGGGAUGUUUUUAUGCUGCUACUUUCUCAAUGCUGUGAGAAGCCUGAAGGCUCCUGGGCUCCUCAGCAUAUCCUUUGCCUCUUGCCAUCGCUGUGUUGACUGCAGUCCUGUGUGGCAGCCAUGGGGCUGCUGGGGUACUCAUACCUGCUGCAGUCACCCCCAACUCCUGCCCUGUGAUGCUUUGGCCAGUGAUACUGAAGCUGCUGCUGGAGCUGGGAGCUGGGGUUCACACAGGGUGUGACUGGGAGUAAAGUCCCACAGAUAGCUGGGCAAUGCUCAGCUUGGCACAAGUCCAGUUGUGGCCCCACAAUGGUCAUCCCAGCCUUGUGCUCCCAAUUUUCAGCCCCUCACACCUUCAUUCUGUUGUGGACCUUGUCUCAGUCUCCAGUCUAGGAGACUGGAGCAGUGACCCAGCUCUGCUGUGCACCCAGAGCCCUGAGGAGGGAUAAGCCAUUGCACUGGCACUGGCUGUGCCCCAGGUUCUACCCCAUCCUCUCAUGCCUUGGAUCACUGCAGUGCUUCUGGAGCCAAUUAUUUAUUAACUGGAGAGCUGAGCUGGAAGAUGUCUAAAUCCUUUCUUGGUAUGGAGUCUAUGAAUGUAUGUCUAUAUUUUCGAGUGGUUCUGAGUUAGCAGCCUCACACAGAGCAGCCCUAUUCAGGUGAGCUUAACAGCUUAACUGCACUGGAUCUGCUUAACAGGGCUGGGAACCCACAGUAAAAGCAGCUUGGUGUGACCAGGGCAGGGAAAGACAGUGCCCACAUUCUCCUUAGUGAUCUCAGAACUGGUGCAGAGGGGAGCUGGAGCAGUUGAUCUCUGCACAGGAUUUUUGCAUCACAUCUCUGACCUGGAGCAUCCAUUUCCCAGACUUCUGCAGAGUGUUGCAUCCUCCUAAACUGUGAGGGAUUGUCCCAUCCUGACAGUAUGGGAUGGGGAGAGCUGGGCCAUGGUCUCUCGUUUGGGAAAGGCUCCGUGGCACCAGUAGUUUGUGUCCUGUCACUAGGUGCAGCCAGCUCUUGUCAAGUGUCACCUCUGGUGAAGGUUGUUUGUCUCCUGUAAUCAGUGAGAUGUAAAUAAACUGGGUACACAUAAUGGAAAAUGAAAGUUAUGCACGAGGUUUGAACCUGUUGGCAUCUAUGCUGAAGGGAGCAGGGAGUGGUGCUGGAGCUGAGAGCUUGUCCUUGUGUAGCACUGUGUGUUUAAAUAAAGAUUUUGCCACUCGUA